UCUUCCUCUCACUUCCCCAUUUUCCCAAGCAGUGGACCGACCAGUGGUCCAGCUCCCUCCCCAGCCCACAUCCACCAGCCCACCGCCGUCGCCGCUACCUGCACUCAUCAUUCCGACAGGUCACCUCCAUCUCCAAGACCCUCCCAUUUUCUCCAUUCCACACUGCACUUCUCCUUUCCGAUCAAAUCCCCCCUCCAGUUGCAACCUCUCCACAAAAAAAAUGUCAUUUUCCCUCCCCCUCCUGCUCCUCCUCUGCUUCAACUCCGGCGUUCACGUCAGCCAAGCUGCUCCUCCCGUUGCCGCUCCAUCGCCCUCCCUCGACUGCUCCUCCGAGGUCAUCAACCUCAUUGACUGCCUCUCCUUCGUCUCCAACGGCAGCACCGCUGCCAAGCCGGACGCCCAGUGCUGCUCCGGCCUCAGAAAGGUGAUCAAGGAGGCCGCCUCCUGCCUCUGCUACCUAUCCAGCCAAGGCCAAGCCUUCAAUGUCAACGUCACCAAGGCCCUCACCCUGCCCUCCGCCUGCGGCGUCUCCACCCCUUCAGCUUCCAACUGCAACAUUUCCAUUGCCGGUGCACCUGGCGCUGCUCCUGUUUCCAUUGCCGGUGCUCCUGCUGGUGCUCCAGCUUUGUCCCCUUCACGCGGUGCGCCUUCCUCGGUCUCCACCGGAGUACCAUCAUCGUCUCCGACCAAUUCAACUGCGGCAGCACUCCCAGCUCCUUCCUUCGAGUUCCUCAGCUGUUUUGCAGUGUUUCUGUGGUUGUACUACCAGUCUCACUGAUUUGCAUCAUGCUCUUCAUGUUGCUUCCGUCCCACUCGAGAUACCUGUGGCUUUUGUUCCUAUGUGCUGAACUUCUGUGCUUAGUUUGAGUUUAAUUUGCUGUUUGGUUCUUGUUGGCUGCAGUUGAAAAUUGUUUUUGCAACCAUUUGCAAGUUGCUCACUUUAUCAAUAGAUCUUUUAUCAUCGCCUUUUACACUUU